AUGAGCUCGAGCCUGUGGCAAAAAUUUCGUGUCAUGUACGCUGACGGUGAUCAGUUCCUUUCAGCCUUACAUAGUUCUCGUAGUGUAUUUGCCUGCACAUCGGAGGUUUUCUCUGACUGGCGAGUGCGGGACUCCGACGUGGACAAGUGGUUGAACCAAGCCUUAUUGGAGUCUCUCGUGCGACGAGUUGAAGAGGGUCCCGGAGAAGUCCAACAUGCGGCCUUAUACGGUCCUCGUAGCCUAUUUGCCUGCACAUCACUGAAGAAUCUUUUCGAACCAAGCUCAGCACCAUCGCAGAAAUUCAAAUCGGACGAAAGCGUUGCUUCUCUAAUUGGCUGCGAGGUUCACAAGUGUUCGAACAAACUUGUCCGUCUCCAAUGCGGCGCGCGUGCAAUGUUCUCGUUGGCUUACCAGCAGCCUUUCAAAUUUCAAAGGAACCAAUCGCAAGUGUACGAGGCGGGGUUGAAGCAAAGAAUACAAGGCCCCUCCCUCAAGUGCCAAAGCGAAAUCAAUGUCGUCACACUCGCCGCUUCUAUGUGGACUCGAUCGGACGCUCUGGGGUCGACCACAACGGAUUGA